GCACGUGAGCGAAGAAGAUUUACAAUUACAGGUUACAGAUUUCUGAUCGAGAGGAGAAGCAACGGGAGAGAAGAAGAAGAUGGAGGGAAGAGCAAUGAAAGAAGCGGCGGCUGGAGAAAUUGCGGCGAGGCUUUCCUCUCUCGACGAUCUCUACUUCCCGCGCGCCGUCCAAUCAACCGCUGCAUCUUCCGACCAACGCAAAUCCAUCCUCCUAGACCUCCUCCGUCGUGAUCCCGCCGUUUUCCUUGAGCGUUAUGGAUCGCAGUUAAGUGUAGAUGAAUUGCUUGAGUUUGAUGCUUUGAAACAUGACUACGAGGUUGAUUGGCACUUGAAAAGCCUGCGGAAGAAGAUAAGUCCAACAUCAGAAGAGCUGAAAUCGAGGUCUGUAGCUGUGAGGAAUAGGAGACUGGCGUACUUGAACGAGCUUGUAUCAAAAGGACAGUAUUUCUCUGAGGAUGCUAUGAGAGAUAGAGAGCCGUAUCUACACCACGAGUAUGUCGGGAAAUUUCAGGAUUUGACGGGUAGGAACAUGGCUAGGCCUGGAGAACGUUGGUCAGAGACAUUGAUGAGACAGGCAGAGGAGGCUAAGUUGGUUUCUCGGAUUAGAGAGGAGCAGCAAAGGUUAGGUGUUGCGGAGAGUGAUUGGGUUGGCAAUGAGAAGAUGGAGGAAUCAGAACAUGAUGACGAAGAAGAAGAAGAGGAAGAAGUGGAAUCAGAACAUGACGAAGAUGCGAAAAUGCAAGCUAGCUCAAGUAUUGUAGAGGCUACUAGAUUCACAGAUAGCAACGGAUCAUCAAAUAAUAGAGAACAGAACGAUAGGGCAACAUUUUUACCGCCAGAGGAGAUGCAAGAUCUGAUGGAUCAGUUCAUAUCAAUCAUGCACCAGAAGUUCUUGUCGGGAGAAGAUCAUCAGCAUUUGGAUUACACAAAGAUAGACAAUGACGAGACUCUUGAUGAUCAUUGGCUUCGAGAGGUUGGCCUUGACGCUGAAGAAAAGUACUUUGGUGAAGACUAAUGGACACACUCAGAUACCUUUCCUGGUCUUUGUAAGAUAUGAUCUCUCCUCGCACUCUCUCUCUCUCUUUUUAUCUGCAACAAUGUUGAUGGAUACGGAAAUUGCUCAUAUAGGAGAUAGCUAUACCAAAAGAUAAGCUUAUGAUAAAGAGAGUGAUUUCAUAUUUCGUAGGAAAUGUCAUUACAAGCCCAAACACCACCACGAUCUCAUGUUAGGAUUUUGGAGUUGCCUUUGGUUGAGAGAUGAUCUUGAAAUCUCCAUGUGCUAGUAGGAUUGGUUAGUUUAAUCAAAUGAUUAUAGUGUUAGUGGUUUUUGUUCAUUUGGUCGAAAAGUCUGGAUUCAGUUUCUAUUUAGUUGUGUAUAUAUAUAAUCAUUGUGAAUUUACAUGAUUUCGGAGGGUAU